CCUAAGCGCGCACCCGUCAGUGGAGGAGACGAGAGGACAGAAGGCGGCAGAAAGACCCAAUAACCCUCAAUUAACCGAUUAUUCUGAAAACCGUGACACGAAAUCCAGCCGAGAUGUCAGAGGAAAAGCCAAAGGAGGGAGUAAAGACUGAGAAUGAUCACAUCAACCUCAAGGUUGCAGGGCAAGAUGGGUCGGUGGUCCAGUUUAAAAUCAAAAGACACACACCACUCAGCAAACUAAUGAAGGCGUACUGUGAACGACAGGGUCUCUCAAUAAGGCAGAUCAGGUUCAGGUUUGAUGGCCAGCCUAUCAAUGAGACGGAUACACCUGCACAGCUGGAGAUGGAAGAUGAAGACACCAUAGAUGUUUUCCAGCAGCAGACGGGCGGGCACUGCUAAGUCCUCCCCACCUCAUUGACGGCCACCCUCAGACCACGCCCUAAGCCACCUUCACUGUCCCUCCCCUCCUCAUUGCCCCUCUCAGCCUAUUAUUAUUAUUAUUAUUAUUAUUAUUAUUAUUAUUAUUAUUAUUAUUAUUAUUAUUCCUUAAGUUUAAAGAUGUCUGUCAUGGUUUUUCGUCAGGUGUGGGGGGGCGGCUCCUCAGCUGUUUAUGUACUGUCUCAGCCAGGACUGAACUUUUGUGCUUGUCAACAGUCUCUCUGCUGGCCAAUCAGGACAACAAUUUCCUUCUGGCACUGCAGGCUGUGAUUGGACCAACAGCACGCCACAGCUGCUCCUGGUUUGUCAGUGCUUCUCAUUCACUCUCCAGUGAAAGCUUAGUAUCAAGUAGUUUGUCACGGUUUUCAUCCAGCGGGGUCGAAUGCGGGGCUCUGCAAGUUUUUUUUUUUUUUUUUGCCCAGGGGUCACAGUCAGUGGGCAUGAAAAUGCUUUUGAAGUGGAAGCACGAUCUGAACUUAAUACACACCCGCCUUCCAUUUCACUUCGCUAUCAUGUGUGUUUUUUGUCUGAACAGUGACUCCUGCUCUUCUGUCAAAAAUGUAUUUUAAUUCUCUCCACCUUUUAGGUGCUUUUGCUAAAGAGUUCUUCAAUGUUUUUGUAAUUUUGUUUCUUCUUUUAAAAAAUUAACACCCCAGGGACUUGGGAUUGUUGGUUUUUUUUUUUUUUUUCUUUUUCUGUACAGAAGUAUCAGAGUGGAUGUUAGAUAAAUGUUGUGGGGCUUGGACCAAUACUCCAAAGACCGAACUUCUGUUUCAUAUUUGCUGUAUUUGGAUCACUCUAAAUGCAAACUAUAAGGUCAAAACUGUCAGAUUUUAAGGGAGUUUGUAUUUCAUUAAUGUUAUUUGCUUCUUUGACUGCUACUAAUUGGGAAAGAUUCUUUUGGGGGUGUCUUCCGUACAGACCAAUAUUCGGUAAUCGCCCGUUAAGGGUGAAAUUUCAUUUACACCACUGUGGUGCAUCCUUAUUCGGGGUUAGUUGGGGUCUGGUUGUAUAAGGAUAAUCUUGAUGUGGAAUACAUAACUUUUGGUUUUCUUUCCCUAUUUUCUGAAGAAGUGGGCCAGUGAUUGGUCCCUAAAGUAUUCUUACAAGCUACUCUGCUUGUGGGUUUUCAGGGUGGGCUGUGGGUGGGAGUGACUGGGAGAUUGUUCCUUAGUGUUGUUUUGGGGUCAGCUGUCUCAUCUCUGUAUUGUCCUUGCGAAUGUAGGCUGAUGGGACAACUGAUUCUACAUGUGCUUUGAAGAGGAGCAGCCUCCAGUAUGAGCAAGGAUAUCCAACAAAAGUCAGUAUGCGUUUUGUCAUGCAUUUUGAAGACACUUUUCUCUGCUUUAUCAACUGUUGAGAUAAUGUUUUCUGAUGUGCACAAGGCAGAAGUUGCAGGCCAUUUCUUUUCAACACCUUUUUAACUGCAGUUUUGAAAACUGAAGCUAUCUCAAGUGGUGAUGAAUGUCUCAAAUAUUUUGCAGUUAAGAGGAGGAUGCAUGCUGUUUGCAUAUUGGGAGGGCAGGGAGGUCAACUGAUGGAGUUUGGGAGAUAAGUGUUCUGUACCCACAGGGCCCCGUUCUUCAUACAUUGAUAACUAAGUUGGCUUGAUUUGAUUGUUGAUGGUCUGACUUGAGCUUGGAGUUUUUCAGUUCAGUCAGGAUUAAAAUGACAGUCCCUUAGCUCAAAACCUGCAAAAGCGCAAGCUCCUUCAUAGUGAGUUGAAUCAUGACAACCCUUUUUUAAGUUUACCAAUUUUAUUUUCACAUAAGUCUGCACCAUUCUUUAAAAGCACCAAUCCAUCAGUAUUGUUAUAGCAGAAGAGGUUUUAAGUUAAAUAGUCAUA